AUGGCUGGGACCUCCAAGAAGCGCCGGACGCUUGCGGACGCGGACGAAGACCUGCGGCAGUACCAGUCGCGGCUCGCGGAAGCCCGCAACAAGAUGAUCCUCCUCGCGCGGGAGAAUGCGCGCAUGAAGGUGCUGCUCCAAAAGUACAUGGAGAAGGACGAGUCGCUCGCGUGCUCGUCACAGCUCAGCACGGCGACGAGCGCGGUCAUGAGCCAGUCGCAGCCGCUCUCGUCGCAGCCGUCGGCGCUGCAGUCGAUCAAUGAAGCCCCGACGCUGAGUCAGGACGAAAACAUGGCGCUCGCCGGCGGCUCGCUCAGCGACGAGCUCUCGUUCGAGUCGUUUGGGUCGUCGUCGCUGAGCCAAGACUUUAGCGCACCGUCGCUCGGACAAGACGAUUUCGUGUUUGACAGCCAGCUCAGCCAGAUGGAGGAGGUUGCGAGCACGGCGCACCUCGACGAGAUCAUGACGUUCCUCGAGAAGCAGGAGGCCCUCGACACGGAGCGGCUCUUUGCCGCGCAGAGCGAAGUCGUUGAGCUGCGCAAGUCGACGACCGUCCCCCGCGUCGGGGUCGGUGUCUUGAUCUACUCGCCCAAGUACCCCGGGUGUAUUCUGAUCGGUGUCCGGAAGGGCUCCCAUGGCGCGGGCAAGUUGGCGCUCCCAGGCGGCCACCUGGAGUUCGGCGAGUCGUGGGAAGAGUGCGCGAUCCGCGAGGUGAAGGAGGAGACGAAUCUGGACAUUGCGAAUUGCACGCUGGCGUACACAACCAACGACUACAUGGAGGCCGACGAAAAACACUACAUUACCAUCUUCAUGCAAGCGACGAUCACGGCGACGCAAGUGCCCGAGCUCACCGAGCCCGACAAGUGCGAAGGGUGGGUGUGGCAAGACUGGGCGUCGCUUAAGCUCCCGGAGCUCCAAGCCCGCCUCUUCAUGCCGCUGCAGCAGCUCACGACGAGUGCGUUCAGCCUGCCACCGCUGUAAAGACGUGUGUGAAUAGCUUACGAGCUUACAGUGCUGUACUCGAUCAAUACCAUACCAAGGACACAC